AUGGGGCAUAGUACUCUGUCGAAGAUUUUUCGCAGCACAUUAUCGUCGAUGGAAGAAACUCUAUGCAACCAAUGGAUAUCUUUCGAAAAAAGCUUCCAGCCGUGCAAAGAGUGGUUCCAUGAAAAAUAUAACUUUCCGGGAAUUGUUGGUGCCGUAGAUGGUACUCAUUUAAUGCUGUUGAGGCCUAUUGAGAACGAGCAUAUAUACUUCAACAGGAAAGGAAAGCAUAGCAUAAACGCGAUGAUUAUAUGUGACCAUAAAUUAAGAAUAAAAGCUAUAUGCCCACAGUACGGAGGAGCUGCGCACGAUUCCUUUGUUUGGAAAGCCUCCAAUGAGAGGAAGGUGAUGGAGCGGCGCUAUAAUAAUGGAGAUACAAGUUCGUGGCUAUUAGGUGAGUGA